AUGUGCUGUUGCUCACAUCUCACGACGCCGUCUCAAUCUCCUGCCGCUCGCGCCAUCAUGGCUCCCGCCACCGCCAUUGCUCCCGCGCCCGCCUUCCGCCCUCCCGUCAACGCUCCCCUUCCCGCGCGAUUCCGAGCGUUUCCCCCGCUCGCCGCCAUUCCCCCGCUCGCCGCCAUUCCCGCAGUGAGCCCCGCUGGAGUCCAGCGCUGCAUUGCCGCCGCAAAGAGCGCUUUCGCAACGAGAGGCGACGUCGCGUUGCGAAUGGAAGUGCGACGAGGAGGCGCUCCGUCCUCGUCGCCGUCGUUGUCGUCAGCGAGCAGCGCGCGUCGUAUCCCGCGGGAAAUUGCGGCUCGCGCUGCGCAGCACUCCGUCGUCGCGGCGGCGGGGGAUGCGGCGAGCCUGCCCGAGGCGCUGCUGUUCGACUGCGACGGCGUGUUGGUUGACACGGAGAGGGACGGCCACCGCGUGUCGUUCAACCAGGCAUUCGAGGAGGUGAGGUGGCACAGGGAAGGGGAAGGGGAGGGCGGAGGGUAUGCGUGCUGUGAGGCUGUCGGUCGGGUGCUGGUGCACACGGAGAGGGACGGCCACCGCGUCUCCUUCAAUCAGGCGUUCGAGGAGAAAGGGCUGGGGGUCACGUGGGAUGUGCCGCUGUAUGGCGAGCUGCUCAAGAUUGGAGGCGGCAAGGAGCGCAUGACCCACUACUUCAAUCAAGUGGGCUGGCCGCAAGCGGCCCCCACGGACCCCUCAGAGCGAGCGGCCUUUGUGGCGGGGCUGCACAAGAGCAAGACAGCACUCUUCAUGCAGCUCGUGGAGACGGGUGCCCUGCCGCUGCGACCAGGUGUCGCACGGCUCAUUGACGAGGCGCUAGCAGCGGGUGUCCGGGUGGCGGUGUGCAGCACGUCGAAUGAGAAGGCGGUGGGGGCGAUUGUGAGAGUCAUGCUGGGCGAGGAGAGGGCGCAGCACAUGCGGAUAUUUGCCGGGGAUGUGGUUCCCAAGAAGAAGCCCGACCCGGCCAUCUACAACCUCGCCGCCACCACUCUCAACCUCAACCCUGCACGCUGUGUGGUGAUAGAGGACAGUCACAUCGGCCUGACGGCGGCCAAGGCGGCCGGCAUGACCUACUUAUCCCGUCUGCUACAUUAUCGCCUCGUCUACCCACCCCUGCUCUGCUUCGCUGCUCAUUACAAGGGUUCUGCCAUCUUGUUUCCCCGUGACAUUUCCUCACCCCGUUUCCCCACCUGCUUCCCACCCACCAGCUACACGGCAGACGAGGACUUCUCAGCAGCCGAUGCCGUGUUUGAUGCCAUUGGUGACACUCCUGCUGAUGGCUUUGACCUUCCGUUCCUCGCCUCUCUGCUGUGA